AUGCAUCAAGGAGACUAUGAGAAGGAAGUACUGCUCUCAUCGUUGGAGAAUGGCAGUGGCACGAUUGCAUCUUUGCAAAUGAGUGUCGAAGAAGGACUAGAGCAGUCGCGAGCGACACUCUUCUCCAGUCUGGAAUGCCUCCCACUAUCCCCAGACCAAGUGGGUUGCGACCAGUACUUGCAAACGUUUCGAGCGGCGAAGAGAUCAAAAUCUGCCAUCAAGAUACAAGCUCUCACUCGAGGAAUGCUCACUCGCAAUGAAGUUGAACCAGUGAAGAAUGCCUUCCUGCUAAAUGUGCAAAAAUUGAUCUUGCAGAAAAUGAGCUGCUGCCGACGAUUUGUUCGGGACGAGGACGAACAGACAGUAGACGAAGACGAAGACGAGGACGAUGACAUGAUAGCACCUGCUGCAUGA